UUUCAUUCAUUCGUUUGAUCGCUCUGCCAUCGGUCGGUCGCGAGUUUCUUUUCCUCGUCGUCGUCGUCGUCCUUCGUGCGUGCGCGCGUACGGGUGUGUGCACACCUGUGAGUGCGUGUGCGUUUGGCACAAUCUCUUAUUCCUGAUUUUAAUUUUGGAUUCCUUUUUUUUGCGUUCUGGAUUAUUUUGCUGCUGCACUGGUAGUGAGGGGGGAAUUUGUGAAUGAUUAAAAGAUUCCCGUUUGAAAAGUGCUGCAAAUUUUCACACAUUCACGCAAAAGAAAAAUAUUGCGUGACGUUUCUCGUGGCGAUCCAAGCAGCCGCAGCAGUGUGUGUGUGCACGCGCGAGUGUUGUCAAAAAUUUUGAUAGUGAAUCGUGUGGCGUGAGGGGGACGGAAGAGGGGGGCCUUAUUUUGCUUACCCGUGAAGAAGUUGCUCUCGGAAAUCUGUGCUUUCUGGCCCAAGUGAGUUGGCCUUGGCGGAUCAUUACACCGUUUGUCGGGUGGAUAACCGUAAUGAGCGCGGACCCGUGAAUGGGUUCCGAUGGAUUAGUGUUUAAAGUGCAUGCAUGGUAGUCGAAAAACAACUCCCCAAAAAAAAGGUGAUCCGAGAGAAGAAAAAGUGGACCACUCUCCCAAAGGGGGUCUGAGGAGGACAAAGCAAAGAAGAGGUUUCUUUCUGGGUGAAACAAAAUGUAGACGAAAAAUUUCGAGUUGCACAAAAAGAAGUUGAUCGAAUCGAGAGUCGAAAAGUGAGUGCCUGCAAGGUGAAAGUGCCCCGAAAUGUCCACACCGAACCCGUUCCAGCCGUGGAAGCAGCAAAACCGGCCUCCCGGAAUACCCCCCAACCUGUCCACGAAUAACAGCUAUGGAAAAUUACCCGCAGUCGCCCAUCAAAAUCAAAUGCAAUCGAUUCAACAGCAGCAGCAGCAUCUGCUGCUAAGCCACCCAGCGCCGGUGAUCCAGUCGGCCCCAUCGCCGUCCUCGUCGGCCAUUUCGUCGAGCACGGGAGGAUCGGCCAUGGGGACGGCCGGGAUGAGUGAAUUUCUGUCUCAGCUGGGGGCCAACAAGCUGAUGCUGAGCAAACUCAGUGCCAGCUACGGGUUGGCGGUGGCACCAUCCGCCGGCGAUCAGCACCAGCAGAACCAUCACCCGCAGCAGCAGCUGAUGCAACAACAGCAGCAGCAUCUCUCCCCGCCGGACGAUUGUGCCAGCGACAAGGAGCGCGAGCAGCGAAUUCAGCAGAUUUUUGAAAGUGCGAUUGGAGACAACUCUAAAAAGCAAAUUGUGGACAUUUUGGAGAAGAUUUCGUCGCUCAGGCCACCCGAGCGAUUACUGUUGUACCUGCGAAUGCCUGGCGGCUAUCCUGAAACUGAUCCCCUGCGACAGUCCCAGAACCCGCUCGGUACCCGUUCCGAGAUUAACCACACCAUCAACUGGGUCCGGUCGCACCUGGAGCACGACCCGAACGUGUCCAUUCCGAAGCAGGAGGUGUACGAAGAUUACAUUGCCUUCUGCGAACGGAUCGACAUCAAGCCGCUGUCGACGGCAGACUUCGGCAAGGUGAUGAAGCAGGUCUUUCCGGGCAUUCGACCCCGGCGGCUGGGUACGCGUGGCCACUCGCGCUACUGCUACGCCGCAAUGCGCAAAGCCACCAAACUGGCAGCUCCCAAGUUGCCCGAUCUCAGCACGCCCAGCGCCGCGGGCAGCAGCACUGGCCACAGUGGCGGCGAGAAGAACCCGGACGACCCGGAGGAGCACGUGCCAACGGACGAGGAAGCGUGGAAGGUGAUCAAGGUGUGGGCGGAGGCGAUGCUGCCGAGUUCGUUCGGCACGAUCAACGAGCUGGCCGGGUUCAUCAACAAGAACAAUCUCAACUCGCCGACCAGCAUCGCCAGCCGGCAGCUGCUGCAGAAGAAGCUGAUGCAGCGCGAGCUCAAGGAGCGGAAGAAGCUAACCGCGGCCGCCAUGAAAAAGCGACGAAAGAAGCGCCGGAAAACCCUCUCCACCAGCGUCGAUUCCGAGCAGCAGCAGCAGGACCCUUCCGAAGCGACCCCCGGCGCACACUGCAACUCGUCGCUCACCUCAGCCUCCACCACCGAGGCCGCCGAAAAUCUGCUCCAGCAAAUGAUCAAACACGAACCGGAGGUUGAUUUCACCGACGAGGACAACAACAACACAACCGUCGCCGGGGCGGCAGGAGUGGGUGCCACAAGUGUCAUUACACUCAAGCAGCAGCAGCAAAGUACAAAUGUCGUCUGUGAUACCGGUGGUGGUGUCGUCGUGGGUCAUCAGACUCCGGCCGGUGGCCGGGAGAUGCGAAGCCCGGCCGAGGAGUACACGAUAUUCUGCAAGAAGGUGCGCCAGGCGCAGCAGCUGAAGGCGGCGGCUCAGUUGCAGCAGCAAAUGCCACAGCCGGCGGCGCCUCCGCCGCCGCAGCAGCAUCAGCAGGUUGUGCCGAGUCCGUUGCGGAUUCCGAGUGCCGCGGCGAAGCGGGCCGCCUCGAUAGCGCACAUGACGCGCCAGAAGCGGUUGAGGUUGUUGCAGCAGCAGCAGCAGCGCUCGCUGGAAGCGCAGAACAACAGUGCGCCGCGGUACGACGAGUUGGGGAAUUUGAUUUUGAUCGAGAGUCAGGACUUGGUGACGAGUAGCAGCAAGGAGGACUUUAUCAUACCGAGGGAGCGGGUUAUUAGCAUUUGUAACAUGGACAAGAACGCGCUGGAUGAUUACUUGAACUGUGACGAGGAGAACUCGCAGGAUCAGGACCAGGAGCUGCUGCAGUACUUUCCGGAGGAGAAUCAGGGUGCGGGACAGCAGCAGCAGCAGCAUCAACAGCAACAGGGUAGUGUUGAAUCGGGGAGUGCCGGGUACGGUGGGAUGUUUGAGGAUAGUGAGCAGAACUUGAAGUUGUCGCAGCUUCGAAGCAUGUUGGAGCUGAACAUGGCGCAGAGCAGUGUUGCGAUGGACAAACCGCAGCAUCAGCAGCUUCAGAUUGGAGGUCAGUUGGACGGGUUUGACGGCGCAGGGGUGAGUCAACAGCAGAUGAGUUUGCAGCCGGGUUCGGCCGCGGCUUCGUUGGCGAUGCUGUCCCAGCGUCACCAUGGUGGGGCUUCUGAAGGGAAGAAAGCAAACGUUGAAGGGUUCAAUAGUUUGGGAAACUGCAGUGGGCAAGCAGGUCCAUCGCAGAGUCCCAAUGGGCGACGCAAAAAUUGUAGCUUUGUGCCCAUUUCUGCGGGUCCUCAAUCUCCGCGAGUUCAACCGGCAAGCAAACCGCAAAACAACAACAGCACGCCGAACGCUAGUCCAUUCGUGAGUCCACGGAACACUCCGAUUCAUCGAAAAAGCAAGACCAUCAACAAUGGUCUCACUUUGAGCAUUUUGCAACACAACCAGUCCGGCUUUCAUCAGCCGCAGCGAGCUCCAUUCAUGAAGAACGAGCUGUCCGCUUCGGCACCGCCAAGCCCAUCGCUCGUACAGAGUUAUAGAUUCUCCAUGAACUCGGGCAUGCACGGCAACCAGAACGCUCCUCUGCCCUCGUUCCAGCCGAUUUGUGGCCCAUCCUCUCAAAUGCAAAACAUGUCCGGUGGCGGCUCGCUCGAGUCGCGAUCCAGCAGUGUGCCGUUGAUCCCCAACUAUGACGGGUACAGCCAUUCCAACUUUACCUCCAUCUCGCAAACCCCGGUUCCGUCCGAGUGUGACGACUUCUCCGACCCGAACAACAUCCUGGACAUGCUGAACGAACCGCCGUCCUCGUCGUCGUCCAACGUCGUCCGCCCGGCCAUCAAACUCGAAGACCAGGAGCCAUCCAUCGCGGACAUUCUCGACCAACACGAGGAAAUGUUCAACAAGUCGUCCAUCCCGUACAGCAGCCUGUCCCGGUCCGUCCCGUCGACGCCACUUCCACACCACAUGCCAUCGAACCAGCACUGCGGCGGACCGACACUCAACUCCAACGGGUUCUCCUCCAAGUCCCUGUUCGAGCUGCCCAAGUCGGUGCCCUCCACUCCCAUCGGCAACGGGCGCACCACCGAGUCCCUGUUCCAGUACAGCCCGGAAACGUCGCGCGAUUACCUCAUCAACGGUAACUCGGUCGAGCGCGCCACAGGUAAGUUAACCUCCUUCUAUCAAAACCAGUCGGUCGGCAACAAUGGCACCGUUGGAAUCACCAACAAUCCCGUCAACCAACCAGGAACGACGAACGGCAUCGUGGGUACCCCCCAAGCCACCACGAUUCCCAGUGGACCCUCGUCCGCGUCCGGUCCGGAAAUGUCCAUGCUGAGCGAUGGAAUCGAUAGCUUCACCGACGCCCUGAUUGGUUCCGACCCGCUGCGGUUCCUGUAGACGGCUGCGCUGCGCGUGUUACAGUUUCACACUCACGCUCGAUUCACGUCGUCCCGACAAAAAGGGCCGGCGCGCAUGGUUUACAAUGUAGUUACAAUGUGUGUACACAGCGCGCGAGUUUAUUAGUAAUUUAUUCUCCACGUGCCGUUUACUAGACGAUAGCUCUUAGACUGACUCUCUCGUUCGUUCUCUUUCACUCGUCGUUGCAAUCGUUGCACACUUAUAGUCUUGGACAGUGUGCCCGUGGUAAACACGGGGUUAGAACUGUAACUUUGGAUCUGACCAAUUCCAAACCUUUUCCUUUUUUUUCGUGGACAAAUAGAUAUUGUGACUCUAGAAUAAAAUGUUCUCUGGCGGCCUGCACUGCCGAUGCGCGCUCUGACAUUGACCUUGAAAGUGCUUGCAACACUUGGCUCCUCAGCUUCCCGCCAGCGUGCAAGCGUGGGGACAACACAAAUCCCCGGUACGGGACAACACGAGUUGCAGUGUAGGAGAGGGUGGGGUGCGCAUCAGUCGGUGAUUGUUUAAUCACCGUAAUGUUGGAGAAAAAAUGGUUUAGUACUAAAAUGAUUGUGAUCAAAUUGCAGCGCUUUCAAACCGUUUGGUGUAACUUUUGACCAACAAGUCCACAUAAUGUUUAUCAAAAACGAAAAUGUUUGUUUUUCGGAUUUCAUUUAACUUCGAUUUUCUGUAAAGCGCGUUUGGUAAAUUCGUCCGAUGAGGCGUAGAAUUGUAGAUAAAAAUUUUCUGUCUUCGACAAAACUGCUUAAUUUGGCCAACAAAUUUCUAAAAUUAAAAAAAGAAAUCCAAAAUUAUUAAACAUCGUUCAACCAAAUUCUCUGUAACACCCUAGCCAGGAACAAACCUGAUUUUCAACCAAGCCAGUGUUGCAAAUGAAUGAUAGAAAAACCUAUCAUUUGAUGAUUUCUUCACCAAAAUAUCCCAAAGUAUAGCGACUGUCACUGUAGCUUGUGAGUUCUCCACUUAUCUCGUGGUGGUGAGCAAGAUCAUUCUCUUUCUAUCACUCCUUCUCCUUUCCUCGUACACGCGCACUUGCCGAAGAUUCUUUUGUUUUCUCAGAAAACGGGCAAUUAAAGAUCGCGAGAGGAGGAUUGGGAAUCGACCACGCAUUACGUCACGUUAAACUGCGUUGGGAAAUUGUGGAGGCGAGAAUCUCGCGACUGAAUGUUGGGGAGUAAAAGUUGGGAGAUGAGAUUUCGGACAUGAUGAUUGUAGUUGCUGAGAACUGCAAGUUUUGAGUUGUCAUUAGGGUGAGCGAGUGAGGUUUAGGGGUCUUUGAUGGGCAUUGAAGUUUGCAAGAGAAAAUAGGAUAAAAAUUCAGUUGGAAAAGUAUCGUUUCAGAACUUUUCGGGCAGGUGGUGCUGUCAACGUCAAAACAACUUCCAAUGUGGUAUUUUUGAAUGUUUUACCAAAGGUCGAAAGACAUAGAGUCGAACGGACAAAAUGUCGCAUAACAUUUUGUCGCAACACAAAAUGUCAAAUGGUCUAAAAGGUCGAAAAUGCGUUUUUUGAUUAAGCAUAAUUUCGGCUAGUUUAAAAAUAACAAUUGCAAAAAUAAAAUGAAAAUCAAACACAAA